UCGGCGCGUUUUUAUCUGUCUAAGCAGACACAGGCAAAGGCAAAUUUUAAAGGAAAAUACGUAAGUGUAUUUGCCAUGUGCUGGUCUUUUAGUAUCGCUGUCUAUGCUUUGAGUGUUAUUCUUCUCUGAGUAUUCUGUCGAAUCGAAUCGUUGUUGUGAACUUGUAGCAAUGGCCAACAAAUUUAGUAAACGAGGAAAAAAUCCCGGAGCUAUAGAUUCUUGGCUAGAUUCCUUAGGAUUUUACAGGAAGAAUGUUGCCUACGAUGAAACAUGUUUAUUUCGAGCUGUUGCCGAACAGUUGUUUACAUCUCAGUUGUAUCAUGAGAAAGUUAGGAAAGAGUGUAUCAUAUAUGGCAAAAAACAUAUGGAAGAUUUGGGCGCAUACUUCAUCAGCAAACGAGAUUGUUGGAAUCGAUUGAUAAAGUUGGAUCUUCAUAUGCAAAUUUGUUCCGAUGUGGAAAUUCAGUUAAUUUGCAACACUUACAGAAUUAAUAUAUCCGUCCUUAAUGCAAAUGAUCACAGUGUAACCGAAUUUCAAUGUAAUUGUAGUAGCGCAGGUACAGAUACUAUACGACUGUGUAAAAUGAACGAAGACCAUUAUGACUCUGUCUAUACAAAGCAGCAUAUAACUGAUGCAGGAUUUUGCCAAUCAAUCAUGUACAAUUUACUUUAUGAAUCUGUAUUUGAAAUUCCGAAUGUAUCAUCCAUUGUGAAUGCAAUGCUUCAUGAAAAACAGGCAGUGUAUACUGUGUUUAAUUGUGAUAAUGAUGUAUCGGUAAAGGAAGAAUGCUUUGAAGAAGAAGAAGAGGUGGAUUCAGAUGAUAAAUUGGCAUUAGCAAGUGUACCUCAGCCUUGUAUAGUAGCGCCUUUUCCCUUCAAGGUUGCAAAAGCAUUGGAUCCAAAUAUGUAUAGGAAUAUUGAGUAUGAUACAUGGUUGGAAGUUCGCAGAGCUAUGCGCCUGGGAGACUGGUAUUAUGGUGAUGAUAAACUGAUAUUAGGCACUCGUUGCAUUGUUGAUAUAAAUGGUGUGUCGGAACCCUGUUAUAUACAGGAAAUAAAAAAUAAUCAAUGCAUAGUCUACAUCACAACCUUAGCUCAACGCAAGACAGUAAAUUACUCAGAUCUAAAACCUGAAGAUAAUGCUAAGCCAUGGCCUUUGCCUUUUCGUUUUAUAAGGAAGUUACCUCAGGGGUCUACUGAGCUGAUUAAAUAUCAAAGUGAGAUGAGCUUAAAAAAACGCAGGGAUAAGCCUCGUGCUAUUACAAAAACUACAAUGGAUACUGCAAAUGAUACAAAAACAUUGGAUUAUCAGGGUUGUAAUCUUGAAACAAGUGAAGUAAACGCAUCGGAGAGGCAUCUAACUCUAAAGAUAACAAAUAAUUGCAAUAACGCUGGCGUUGAUGAGAAUCAAAAUUGGAACCAGAGCAAUAAUUUAAGGCGAUUGGAGCCCAUAUCUUUGCCGUGGUUGGAACAAUCCACUACAUGUACACCUGAGAAUGGAUUUAGCAGCUUGAAUAAAUCUCCUACCGCCGAGCAAGAAACUACCCAGGGCGACAAUAACUUCUAUUAUAACUACGAGCCAAAUUUACACAUUCAAGUACCUGUAUGGAUUCCACCAUCCUAUACACAACCGUCCGAUCCAGGUGUAAUUUUCAACCAGACCGAAAAUGUGUCACCAAAUUCUGACCGAUGUACGCAGAAUGUUGUUUAUUAUCAAAUGGAUAACCCUUAUACAACACCAUCUGCUUUGUUGACACCGCCAAUUAGUACGCCUUCGCCAACUAUAGUACCACUUAACCCUUUUAUAAAUGAUAGAAUCGUUUGUAGCAACCCAGUAACUCCAACAGUGGAUCCUUACUCCUACAUGUGUCCUGUCCAGCCACAUACUGCACCAGUCUAUUAUUCUUAUCCUUCUCAUCCUCCUACGUAUCCGACAGUUGCGCCGCGUCCUCCGGCCCCAUUACCUUCACCUCUUUCAGUGUACACAUCGCCUGAUGUUCAGUACUUAACCACACCUUACAUAUAUUCUCCUCAAACUCCACCUAUAUCCUGGUUUCCUUCUAAUGUCAGCCCUCAAGGCUUUAUUUUCCCAGCUCCACUUAACUAAGAUAGGUAUAUAGAUAAAUAGAUUUGUAAAUGCUCAAUCUUACAAUUGUUAUACAAGUUAGUUCCAACUCAAAUGUAAUAAGUACAUCUUUUUUUUGUGUAUAUUUUAUAUUAAGAUAUAUAUUUAAAAAAACACGGGUAACAUAUUUUUGUUUUGUAUUCAGAAUAGGAGUUUAGUUGUUUU